GAAUAACCGCACACUCGGUGGUUUUUAAAAGCACUGGUUUCUCGGAACGAUUUUUCUGUACCCGCGAAGUUUUGACCUCUUUUAGGUUAUCCGGUGGAUCGCUCCAUCGAAAAAAAAAUGCAUGUGGGGUUUUUGCUUGCAUAGCGGAGAUUCCGUGGUUCCAUCGUCAUGUCAAAAAAAAAGACGUCGAUGGCAUUUGCAUCCCAUAGAAUUUCGCACGAGCCAAAAAAAUGCAAGCUCAGCCUGUCUGUCGAUGAUCUAAUAUUUUGGCUUUUUUUUAUGUCUCCGAUCGAUUGACGUUGACUUCAUCCGUCUCGGUUUCCGUACUAAGCGUUUUUAUCCCUAUGAGUUCCCCUGAUCCGUCCAAAGAUGCUUCCACCAAUGAAUCAAAACAAGACGCAUUCAGUGCGCUGAGCACGUCGCUGCAGGGUGUUCAGUCGUCGUUUUCCAGUGUUUACUCUACCUUGGCCAGCAGUCUGGAACGGAGUGUUCAAAUGACAGACAUGGUGAAUUCCAUGAUGCAACAAGUGUUCAAAACCGGCGUCAAACUAGCUAGUCAAUUGGAGCAGGGUCCGGAUGGUACGGUUCUACUUACGGUGACUAUUAUCAACGGGACGCAUUUUCCGCUGAUGCAGUUGAGCGGAUCGAUCCGAUUCGAUACAGCAAGCAAAUAUGCAGAAACGAUAACCUACGACUCCAUCUCUACCUUUCAGAUAACAAAUGAUACCCGCUGCGAGUCCAGGACAUUGUUUACAUUGGAGACUGCAGAGCAGCUCUGUUUACCUGCUUUCACAAAACAUAUCGAACGCAUUCGAAUCCAUCCUCCCAAACUGAUGCAGUGUAAUAAUACUAUUUCCAUCUCAUUUGCCACCACCACAGAUCCAGUGACUAUCAAUCACGCAUUUGGACUGUAUAUCAUCGACCAGCGAGCUGACCCAUUGGCGAUGAACUGCAACCUGAAAAUCAAUCAGCUUCAUAAAACGGUGGAUGAGCAUGCCAAGGAUGUGGUGCAAGACCAGUCACCGGGAAUUGAAAAAGUUUAUUCGGCUGCAUUUCUGCGGAAAAUCAUGGAAAUCCAACCAACUUUGGGUAUCAACAAAGAUAUGCAGAUCAGGCUGCACAACCAAACCAUGGGCAACACGUUCGUCUGCGUGGUAGAAGCGAUUUCAGACGAUCGGCAAGAGCUGAUAACACGAUUUUAUGGCAACACACGUGAGGAUCAGCAACUCGUGUCUACACUUUUGUAUGAGCUGGAUAUUUUGAAUAGCAAUUAGCUGAAGGGUUAUCGCGAUUCCUUGGUUAUCGGAAAAAAGUGAAGUUUGAAGGGGAGAAGAAGAAGAAGACGACGGGG